GCAGUUAUUAUAAAACUCAAAACAAUUUGCAUAGUUUGCAAGUGUUGGUAAUGAAAGGAUAAAAACACUGGUAUGACUGUACUUGCGCUUUGAGUCCCUCAAUCGAUUCUGCAUAAUUGGGAGUCAAACUGCAUGAUUAUCCAACCUAUAACAGCUGGAGUCUGCUUGCUAGUUACUGGAUAGUAGCAAACUCCCUUUUAACUUUAAUCAGUUUGUUGAACUGCUGCUUGCGGGGCACCGUUUCGUUCCAAAAACCAAUAUAAAUAUUAUCAAGUUUUUGAGAUUUCCUAAAAAUUGUCUACUGAAACAGGUCUUAAGUGCAAAUCAAAGGGCGCUUAAGUUUUUGGAACAGUCACAAAACUGUUACUGACGGUUUAACCAACAGUACCUUCGCAAUAAGCCAGGUCUACAUUUCCGCUAACAGUAAACGGUUUAGCGCCGUUCCUCGCUCACAGGGUCCGAAGAGCUUUACUGCCGUGAAGGCAACCGCGCCCAGCCACAGCCGGCAAAUGGCAGAGCCGACGGGAUCCCGGCCGCCUGUCCUCCCUGGCGUCUCCUCACGGACCCUGCAGCACCCGUCUUUCCUCUCCCUCUAUAUGGCUGUCGGGUCCAUGCAGUGCAGCUGCCGAGCUCGCAGCCAGAGCUUCCCAGCUCCGGCCAUGAUUCCCUCCGACUUUUUCUACAAUGAUCCCAUGCAGGCACCAGGAAAUCGAAUUCCCAACAAUGUGGCCCAGCUUGAGGUUUUUGAAUGCUGUCAACUGAACACCCCCGCACCCAUCAUGUCACCUAGCAUCACAUCAUCUAUCAGACCCGAUCCCUUUAGAACAGAACCCCACCUAAUCAGAGACCUGGGUUCCCAGGUAUGGGCCUGGGACCACCUCUGCGCUCCCCAAACUUCUACGCUCGGUCCUACGCUGAGACCGAGGAAGGAGGUCAUUCAGCUGUCUGCCGAGGAGGACCAAGCCAUCACUAACCUCCUGAAGCUCCAUCACGAGUCCAUCAGCGAGCCAAUUCAUGAGAGACCUUGCCAGCCGAGAUGGAGCCCUGCCAGGUGUUUGCCAGCCAAUCAGGAAGAUGAUGCUAACAUUGACUGCAUACCUCAGCUGACAAUGACAUCGAAAGGGCAAUCUGGACGGUGGUCAGACACAGAACUGGAGGCUGCUGAUAUUCUCCUUACUCUGGAUGACGGGGAAGUAGUAAUAAAGGAGCCCCGCAGUCUGGCUCAAGGGGACAGUGAAAGUCAAAAUGCAGACACUGUGGAUCGGUGCUUGUUGAUCUCCAGUGGUCUGGGUCCCACCUCUUUAGGGUCACCUCAUGUCGACAGUGAUGAUGUCAAUUCAGUAUCCAGUGUGGAAUAUUCUGAGAUUGGCCAAGUGGACAGGGUUGCUUGUGGAAGCGCAGAAGAAUCUGAGAAUUUGGGGGAAAUGGACCCGCAGGAUGAUUUCCACUGUGGAGGGUCCCAGUGGUUGGAAGAAUCUAGCAAGCGGCUUCAAAAGUGGCAGGAAGAGGAGCAGUUAGGGCUGAGAAUGGGGCUGCGAGAGGAGACUGAGGGGGCUGUCGUGUCUGCUCUGCUCAAUCUUUCCCAACGACCACAAGGCCUUCCACCCUCCUAGACUUUCACAGAGGUGUUUGAAGUAGAAGAGUAAAGUUCCGCAUCCUAUUUUUUCAGUGUACGUGUUAUUUAAAAAUGUUCUAUUACAGUUACUAGUAUUUUCACUUCUGUUUUAGGUUUAUUUUGUAUUUAAACUUGAACAAGUUUUUUAAAUAUAUGGAUACUUUUAAAACAUGGUUUACUGUUCAUAGAGAAUAUUGACCAAAAUGUGCAAAGUUUUUCAUUCUUCCUCAUUUAAAAAAAAAAAAAAAAAAAAGUUAAACUGGGUUAUUUCAACAACGUUAAUGUGGUAAUUCUUCUUGCCACUUCAGUUAAACACUGACAUUAAAAUCGGUUCAUUCACUAA